ACGUGCGUACAUGAGCUGACAUUGUCAGUUUAUCAUGGCAGUCAUAAACUUUAUUGGUUCAGUGCAUGGGGAAUCUGAGUAAUGUGACCCAGCAGAUGGACUUUGGCCAGUGGUCAGUUUAGAGCUGUUACUCAGGUGUGUCUGGCCUUUUGAGGUGUGCUGAUAAUACAGCAUUGCUCUUUGAUGAUGCAUUUCCUGUUCAUAAUUAGGUAAUGCUGAUCUGCUCUCUGAGGUCUGAGGUCAUGGCUUCCCCCAGCAGUCUGUUGUCAGAGAUGCAGUUUCAGUGCAGCAUCUGCCAGGAUGUUUUCUCUGAACCCGUCUCCGUCCCCUGUGGACACAGCUUCUGCUUCACCUGCAUCACAUCACACUGGGACAGCAGCGCUGCCAUGUGCUGCCCCAGGUGUCAGACCAUCUUUGAUAGCCGCCCAGACCUUUGUGAGAAUUCUUUUGCCAAGGAAAUGUCAGAGCAAAUCCGGGCAAACAGGCAGAACAGUACAGUCUGUUGUGAUGUUUGCACUGGGAAGCGAACGCCGGCCCUGAAGUCCUGCCUCGUGUGUCUGACCUCAUACUGCGACAGUCACCUGGAGCCUCACCUGAGAGUGGCGAGUUUGAAGCUCCACCGGCUGACUGAACCCGUCGCCAUGCUGGAGAACAGGAUGUGUAGGAGGCAUCAGCGACUGCUGGAGCUGUUCUGCAGGAGCGACCAGAGGUGCGUGUGUGUGCUGUGCACAGAGAGCGACCACCGCUCCCACGACACUGUGCCUGUGGAGCGAGAGUGUCAGCAGAAGAAGGCUGAGAUGAAGAGAAUUCAGGAUGAUGUUGAACAGAUGAUCAAGGAAAGACUUCAGAAAUUGGAGGAGAUCCGACGCUGCCUAGAAAUAAGCAAAGAAACUGCAAGGAGGGACACUGAGGAAAGCACAGAGAUCUUCACGCUUUUGUUCCAGUCCAUGGAGAGAAGUCAGGCUGAGCUGAUGGCGGUGAUCCAGAGGAAACAGGCGGCAGCGGAGCAGAGGGCACAGAGGCUGAUCACAGAGCUGCAGCUGGACAUAUCAGAGCUGAAGAGGAAGCGAAAGGAGAUGGAGCAGGUUUCUCUCACUGAGGACCACUUUCACUUUCUGCAGAGGUUUCCAGCUCUGAGUUUUCCUCAUCUUGCCAAGGCCUCCUCCCACUCCCCCGUCUACUCUGACACAUGUUUGGGGACCGUGAGGCAGGCGGUGGCCAACGUUGAAGAACAGCUUCAACUGGCUUUAAAAAAGCUCCUAGCUCAAGAGCAUGACAAAGUGCAGCAAUAUUCAGCGGAUGUUCGUCUGCAUCCCAGAACAGCCAACCCCUGGCUGGUUCUGUCACAGGACGGAAAGCAGGUCUGGGAUGGAGAUGUUGAGCAGAACCUGGAGGACGCACCAGAGCGGUUUGACACGGCACCAUGUGUCCUCGGCACAACGGGUUUCUCCACAGGGAGGCGCUACUGGGAGGUGGAUGUGGGAGACAAGACGGCGUGGGACCUGGGUGUAGCUGCAGGCUCGGUCAGCCGGAAAGGUUUGGUGACCCUGUGCCCAGAGGAAGGCUACUGGGCUGUUUGUCUGAGGAGGGGGAACGAGUACCGGGCCUGUGCAGGACACGCAGAGCUGCUGAGUCUCACCCAGAAGCCGCGAGCUGUCGGGAUUUUCUUGGACUGCCAAGACGGGACGGUGUCUUUUUAUGACCCUGAGGCCAAGUCACUCAUCUAUUCCUUCACACAGUUUCAGUUCACUGAGGCCAUGUUUCCCUUCUUCAACCCAGAAAUCAGUGACGGCGGCAGCAACAAAUCUCCCCUCAUCAUUCGCUCUAUUAGUGCGGGCGAGGAUGAUGAUAUAACAAUAUGAUCAUCACAAGCAUUCAGAAUCUGUUUUUCUUGUUUGUUUAUGCUACUCAACACUGUGGUGUGUAGAAAAGUAUGCAUCUUUCUCCAAAUAUGAGUAAGAAGAAAAUUGUUUGUCUGCCACAAUUAUCCUAUAAACAGAUGGUCUUUAUUUCAAACUAAUACUAAAGUUAUGUUGUAAUAAAAGUGGAAAUAAAGCAUGAGAUAGAAUAAUCUUGAUUGUAGUAGAUUUAAAAAUAAUCUUUGCAAUUUUUGCUAAUUAUAUUCCUUAUCCUUUAUUGCAUUUCCUAAGGUCCAACCCAGUUGAUCCCACCAGGUGUGUCCUUGAGCAAGACACUUCACACUAGCUGUGUGGCUGCCCUCUGCUUCCCCAGUGGAGACAUGGGUCAAAUGCAGAGAACUAUGUUUGUGUAUGUCACAA